AUGGAAGUCCAUCAAUCAGAGCCUCCCCAGGCCCUCUCGAUGGGAAAAUCGGGGUCUCCACCAAGCACCGGAUGCGAAGAGUGCACCACUUACCUGGGACGCUCCGAGUAUCUAGGGGGGAACAUCCGCAUCGACGAGGACCUCGCCAAAAAUUACGAGGACCAACGAGGCGCCGCCACCGCGACCCAAGAUCUGAGGAUCCUCGAGCUGUACAAGGCAUUCGACAUGCCGCCCCGGCUCCUCCGGAACAGCCUCAUCGACAACCUGAUGAAGAACUGUAUCCCGUGGAUGCCCAUCGUCGACCGGGCCGACUUUGAAGGCGAACCCUCUCCAUUACUGCUGCAGGCGGCUUUCCUGGCCGGGAGCAGACUCGGCUCCGCACCGCUGGCGUACGCUUCGUGCGAGGAGCUGUACCAGCGCGCCAAAGCCCUUGCGUUGUCAGGGUAUGAGAAAGACACCCUGACCGUCAUCCGGGCGAUUUGUCUCAUGCAGUGGUUCAACCCCACGGGCCCCGAGCACAUCUCCCUCGACAAGAGUAGUUUCUGGCUCCGCAUCGGGGUGGGCCUCGCCUAUGAAAUCGGCCUGCAUCGUGAACCCAGCCCGGGCAAGGACGCGUCGCUCAGACGGAGACUGUGGUGGUCACUUUUUACGAGAGAUUGUGUGAUUUCGGCCGGCCAAGGCAGACCGCGCACCAUCAACAUGCAAGACUGCUGCGUCCGGCCGAUCUCGCUGGACGAUUUCCCCGUCAAGGACAAGAACGCCCACCUGUUUAUCGCCUACGUGCAGAUCUACGCCAUCCUGGCCGACCUGACGGAGUGUUGCGUGCGCAAGAGCCUGUCGCCGGCCAAGAAGGUCGGGAUCGAAGCCGAACUCAAGCGCUGGGUCAAGGAACUCCCGCCCUGCCUCCAGAUGUAUCGGCAGCACCCCCUCAGGUGUCCUGCCCCCUACGACCUGGAAGUCCGACAGCUCCAUAUCCCCUAUUUGACCAUCUUGACCAUCCUCAACCGGCCGACCACCCCCGCCAGUGUCCCCCUGCAGGUGGCCUUGCUCUCGUCGUCGCUGGUCGCGGGCAUCUUCGAGGACUUCCUGGCCAGGGACGACAUCCGCUACCUGGGGCCCACCUUCACCUUCCACAUUUUCGUGGCCAGCUUCCCGCAAUUGCUGUGUCACAAGUACCCGGUCCUGUGGCAAUCCGCCGAGCAGGAGCUGAAGAUCAUGCAACUGGCCUUGCACGAGUUGCGCAAGACGUGGCCCUCGGCCAUCGGGCCCCAGAAGAUCAUCCAGAGCUUCAUCGACGCCGUGGUCCACGAGCCUUCGUCCGCCGCGUAUCCCCAUCCCCCCAUGACCGCCGAUCAGACUGCCUUUUUCGAGGCGUUCGGCCCCGAGUUCUGCCGUAAGUGGGAUCUGGUCUCCAAGGCCUCACCUCCGCCUGCACUUGAUCCGGCGAUGGAGCCGAUGGCGGAGCGGUCGGUGGAGAUGACGGUCGAGUCCAUGUCUCCGGUGCCAUGCCUCCCGGAUCAGGGCGGCCGGAUGGUUGCAGACUCGGAAGCUUUCGACGUUGAUCCAGCCGGGAACUGGCUAUAUCAAGAUUGGUUGGAGCUUGAAGCUCCGUGAUGACAGCUGCCUGUAUAAUAUAGAGAGAGAGAG